UUUGUGUGUGUGUGUGUAGAUAUUAACAUCAAAUUUAUUGCCAUUUGUGUUUUGUGUAUUUAGAGUGAAUUGGAGUAAAUUAUUUAGAGUAAUAAUAAGAAAAAAAAUAUAAAUAAAUAAAACAACCAACUUAAAUAAUUAAUAAACAUAAAAUAAAUAAUAUAAUAUGUAUGAAAAUAUAUGUUAAAUGAACUGUUUUGUGUUUGUUUUAUCAGAAAUGAAAAAUACAAAGGUUACGUUUUAUAGUUCAUUAAAUUGAAAAUUAAAAAAAUAAAAUAAAAUAAAUCAAAAUGGAUUCACCAGGAUUAAAAGGUCCAUUAGAUGAUGUUGUUUCUGAUACGUCAAAUAGUAUUGUAACAAUAACAGGAGGUUCUGAAACACCGGAUAGUAUUAGAGGCUUUCCCGAUAAUGAUUCAGUAAAUGACAGUCCAAAAAUAACAAAACCAGUACUUGGUAAAGUACAAGCAAAAAAACGUUUAAUGGCAUUUGCAAAUGUUCUUAAUACACCAUUAAAAUUACAAAAAAUUAAUGAUAAUAAAAUAUUAAAUUUAUCUGAUAAUCAUGAUACAGAUAAUGAUAAUUAUCGUAAACGUGUAAAAUUAAAUAAAAAUAAUAAUAAAAAACAAUUAGAACCAAAAUUAGCUGCAAUUGAUGAAAUAAUGCUUGACGAUGCAAGAAGAAAAAUGCUUGCACAAAAUACACCAGAUACAUUUGAUGGUAAUGAACGUUUUAUAAAUAAUAGAAGUAAUGAUAGAGAUAAAAAUAAAUAUAGAGAACAUGAACGAGAUAGAGAUUAUUAUAAAAAAUAUAAACAAGGAAAAAAAGAUCAUCAUCAUCAUCAUCAUCAUCGUGAUUAUAGUCAUCGUCGUGAUAGUAAAAAAUCAAGAAAAAAAUCACCAUCAGAUAAAAGAAAUAAUACAACAAUUAGUCCGUCCAAUAAAUCAAUAGAUAAAUUACAAAUAAAUGAUAAUGAUAAAAAAAAUCAACAUAAUAUUACUGAUUUAUCAUUAAAAGAUAAUAAAAUUAAUUUAAAAUCUAUAGAUAAUAAUAAUAGCAAUGAAUUAAAUGAUAAUAUUGAAAAAAAUUUAGAUAAUUAUUCAUUUGGUUGUGAUAGUUGGAAAAAUUUUAAAAAUAAUGGUGGAAUUAUUAAAAUUAAAUCAUCAUCACCAUCAUCAUCAUCACAAGUGGCAAAUGAUAAUACAAGUAAAGAGCUUAAUUUAAAAUCAUAUCAAGAAUAUGAUAUGCAUUUUAAAAAAAUGCUUAUGACUAAAAAUUAUCAUCAUGAACGUACAAGUGUACUUGCUGCUGGUUUACAUGAUACAUACAAAGAAUAUCCACCAGAGACUAUUCGUAUUACUAAAAAUAAUAAAAAAUCACAAAUAUUAUAUUGUGAAAAUCCAAGAGUAUCAAUGUACAUGCCACUUAAUUCAUUUAACAAUGAUUUAUCACCAGAACGUCAAAAAAUAAUACGUAUGAUAAGUGAUUCAACUGAAGAAUCGAUUGUUUGUUCUGUUGAUGAUGAAGAAUUUAAAAAAAGAGAUUGGUUUGAUAGACAAAUAUUAAUUCAAGACAAAAAAUUAUCAUCUGAUGUUGCAAAUAUUGAUUCAAUAAAUACAUCAUCUACAAUAGUUGAUACUGAUAAACAACAAGACAUGUCUGAGCAUAAUGAUGAUAAUGAAAAUAAUUGUAAAAAUGAAUUAGUUCAAGCAUCAUCAAAUUCGACUAUAAUUGACAAUGAAACUAUUGAAGAAACUAAAAUAGCUACACCAAUUGAUGAAAUAAAUGAAAGUAUUAAUAAUCAAAAUUCUGAUAAUGAUAAAUCUGUUGAAUUAUCAUCAACAGUUGAAGAAAAUCUUGAAUCAGAGUAUGAACAAUUUAUGAAAAUUGUUUGUAAUGAUACAUCGACUGUUGCAACAUUGGAUGAUCAAUCAUCUUCUAAAACUUCAUCACCUUGUGUAUCAAAUAAUGAAAUCAAUGUAACACCAAUGGAAAUUGAUAAACUGCCAAUUGAAAAUGAUGAUAAUGAUGGUACAACUGUAGUUGAAGAAAAACCAAUAAUAAAAAUUGAAGAAAAUAAUACAAAACAAUUGGAUGAUGGUGAGCUUGUAGAAGAAGCUGUUGAUAAUAAUAAAAUAAAUGAAGAUAAUGAAUCAAAUGAACAAGAAAUCGAAACUGUUUAUGAAAAAGUUGUAAUUAAACAUGAACCACUUAGUGAUAAUGAUAAAUCAAUAACAAAAAAAAUUGUUAAUAAAAAACGAUUGAAAAAAAAAAGAGUAGCUUCAAGUGAAAGUAGUGAGACAUCUUCUUCAUCAUCUUCAUCAUCUUCGUCUUCGUCUUCGUCGUCAACAUCAUCAUCGUCUUCUUCUUCGUCUUCUUCUUCAUCCUCUUCAUCGUCAGGAUCAUCAUCAGAAUCAUCAGACUCUGAGGAAGAAACACGUAAACGAAGAAAAAGAAAAAAAAGACGAAAAAGAAAAAGACAUAUCAGUGAUUCAAGUAGUGAUACAAGUGAUUCAAGUAGUGAUGAUAAAGUAUCAAAAAAACGUAAAAAACAUCAUCAAAGAAAAAAUAAAAAAUCAUUAAGAAAAAAAAAACGUUUAAGACGUAGUUCAUCAUAUUCUGAUUCAAGUUCAUCAAGUAAAUAUAAACAUUCCAAAAAAAGAAGACAUAGAAAAAUUAAUAUGAAAAAACGUAAAUCAAUAAAGAAACGAAGAUUAUCAAAAAAAUCAGAAUCAGAUGAAAGUUUUAAUCUUCAAAAAGUUAAAAUUGAAAAAAUUGAUAUUGAAGAAGAAAAAACUAAUAAUAUAAAGACACCAGGUGUUGAAAUAAUACCACCUGUAGCGACUAUUGUUGAAACAGUAUCGACAUCAGUUAAUGAAUUAGAAGUUAAUAAUUUGAAUGAUAAAAUUGAUGAUAAAGAUGAGACAAAUAGUAUUGAAGAAGGUGAAAUUAUUGAAUCAGAAAAGACAAGUGAUGAAUGUGCUAUUACAAAACAAGAACAAGUUGAAGAAUCAAUUGAAUCUGAAUCUAUUUUAGCUGUAAAUGAAAAAUCUGCUCCAUUAGAUAGUAAAGUAGUUGAAAAUAUUAAUGUUGACGUAAUACCAAUUAAAAAAGAAAACAAUUCAAUAAAAAUUCAAGAUGAAAAUAUUCAAGAGACAGAAGAUGAUACAAAAAUUAAGAUAACAAAUGAUAAAAGUAUUUCAAGUGAAAUUACAAAAGCUGAAACUGUAGAUAAUAAUUUAGUCAAAGAUUUAAUUGUGCAAGAUGAUAAAUCUACAAAUGAAAUAAAAAAAACUCGUCAAAAUUCAACAAGCAAUACAUCAUCAUGUGGUACAACUAGUGUAACAGAAGCAAGUGAUAAUGAUAAAUUAGAAAAUCAACAAUCAAUAUUAAAAACAAAUAAAAAAGCUUCGAAGAAAAAAGAAAAAUGGGGAAGUCAAUUGGAUUUUGAUUCUUUAAAUUAUCUUAAUUUUCCAUCAUCAAAUAAUAAAGUUGAAAAAAAACUUGAUGAUUGGGAAGUUGAUAGUAUAGAUUCAGAUAAAAAUAAUUACUCAUUACAAUCAAUAAAAGAUAAAUUAAAACCAUCAAAAAAAAUUAAUAAACAAGUUAGAUAUGAUGAAAAAACAGAUACAUAUAUUGCUGUUGAAAAAGAAACUAAAAUUGAUAAUAAAAAAAAGAAAAUUCAAAAAUUACCAUCAUUAAAAAUUUGGGAAGAUGAAGAAGAAGAAGAUGAACGUCAAGCAGUUAUUAUAACAAAAGAAAAAGAAAAAUCUACAGAGUCUGUUGAAGAUUUAAAAACUUGGCAAUCAAAUAUUGUACCUGAAAUUUUAAAAGUUGAAACGAAAAUUGAAAAUGAAUCAAUUGAAAAAAUAUCUGUACCCGUAAUUGAUAAAAAAGAAUCAUUACCAGUUGAUUUGAUUAAAGUACCAGAACAAUUAGCGCCAGUAUUAUCAGAAAAUAUACAAAAAAAUGAAACAAUAAAUGAAGAAAAAUGGGAAAAAUCAAUCAGUCCUGUUGUAGAAUCACCAAAACCAUUAGAAACACCAGAAGAUUCACUUGUUGCUGUUAAUUGGGAAGAAGAAGAACUUCAACCUUUUAUAAGUGAACCUAUUGACAGUAAAAUAUUAUCAAAAAAUAAAUCAUUGAUAAAAAAUUUAGAAGGUAAAUUUGAAAUUGAAAAAAAUAAUUCUGGAUUAAAGGAUAAAAAAAAUAAACACAAUAGUCCAAGUGGAUCUGAUGUUAUAAAAAUAUCAGAUGAAUCAAGUGACAGUAGUAGUGAUAGUAGUUCAUCAUCAAGUAGUUCUGAUAGUGAAAGUGACAGUGAAUCUGAAAAUAAGGAAAAAAAAUUUAUCAUUAAAGAUAAAAAUACAUAUUCAGAUUCUGAUACAAUGAAAAUGAUACAAAAAAAUUUAGUACGUCAAUUCAAUGACAAUAGCUCGGAUAAUAAUGAUACUAAAAAAUCAAAUGACAAUGUAAAAUCUACAAUUGAUAAAUCAGAAAAUUAUUUAUUAAAAUUAUUACCAAAUCAGUUGAUUAAAAAACGACCAAUUGCUGAAUUAUUAAAAGAUCCAGUUACAAUAAAAAAUGAAAAUAAACAAAUAAUUUCUGAUAUUAUUAAUAGUUUAAAAGAACCAUCUGACCCAGAACCAAUUAAAAAUGAAAUAUCACCCCCAAAACCUGUAUUUAAAAGUACAUUUACAGAAAUAAUUGUUCCAAAUUCACAAUCACCACAACAACAACAACAACCUGAUCAACGUGAUCAUUUAGAAAUUCAUAUAAAAUCUAGUGAAGAUAACAAAACAAGUAAUUUAAUAAAUAAAGAAAAAUUAAAAUAUGAUGAUCGUCCUGGAAGAUCAACAUCACCACGUGAUAGACGACGUUACAAUCAAGAUGAUAAUAAAUAUAAAAAAUCAUCACCAGUAUCUUGGUACAAAGGACGAAGUAGAAGUCGAAGUAGAUCAUGGAGUAGAAGUCCAAGAAGAGAUCGUUCAAUGAGACGUAAAUGUUCAGAAGAAAAACGAGAUCGAUAUUCAAGAAGUCCAUUACGUGGACGUUCUUCUGGUCAACGUGAACGUCCAAGAAGUAAAGAAAAUGAUUGGUUAAAUCCAGAAAAAGUAUAUGAUCCACUUGAAAUGUUGAGAAAUGUAACAUCAGCAAAUAAACAACGUGAUAAUGAAUUAUCACAAGAUAAAAUUUGUAAAAAGUUAGAUAAUGAAAAUGAAAAUAUUGGUAUUUAUGGUAAUAGAAUAUUGACAAAUGAUAAUACUGGUUUCAAUGAACGACCGUAUUCAAAAAAUAAUAGUAUUGAAAGAGAUUUAUUAGAGGGAUCAAGAUAUCGUAGUAGAAGUUUAGAAAAACGUGGUCGUGAUAUUGACUGGGAAAAAUCACCAGUAUUUGAUAAAUUUGGUAGUAGAAGAGAAAGAAGAACACCAGAUAGACAUUCAAGAUCAUCAAGAUUAUCAUCCCCAUCACGUAGAAGUGGUUCACCAUUAAGAAAAAGAUUUAUUUCACGUUCACGUUCAAGAUCACGUAGUAAUUCAAGAUCAAGAGGAAGACCAAGAUCUCGUUCACGUUCUCGUUCACGUUCACGUUCACGAUCAAGAAUACGUCCAUCUGAAAGACGUAGAUCAUUAGAUAGAUUUUUACGUUCACGAUCAAGAACAAGAUCUCGAUCAAGAUCAUAUUCACCACGUAGAAAUUUUUCAAUGGGUUUUGAUAGAUUUCCAAGUAAUUGUCAAGAAAUUGGAAGAAAAAUUGAAACAAUUAUUCAUCCAUCUGGUAUUAAUGCAACAAUGGCUGAUUCAGUUGGUGAUUUAAAUUUAAUUGGUGAUCAAAAUACAAUUGGAACAAUACCAUCAUCAUCUACAGGUUUUUAUCAUUCAAAUGAUAUACCAUUAGAUUAUCCAUAUUAUCCAAGAAAUAAUUUAACAUAUCCACCAAGAGUUGCUGAAACAACACAUACAAAUUCACCAAAACGUUUAUCACUUGAUGAUCGACUUGAGCUUGAAUUGGGAAUUAAAAAAUCACAAGAAGCAUCUGGACAUAUGUAUAAUAUGUCACAUUUUAAUUCACCUCAUUCUAUGGUUGGAUAUCAAACACAAUUACCAGGUAUAAUUCCAGUACGUCAAACAGUUUCAUCAUGUCAACAACCACCACACAUUCCAUUUCGUCGUAAUCAACAAAAUAUACCACCAACUGUUGUUCAAGUUGGUAAUGUUUUACAAGUUGUACCAGCUGAACAAACUUCUAUAAUUAAUCGUACUCCAAAUAUACCAAUUAGAAGUGAUUUAUUAUCACCAGCAUCAAAUCCUAAUGUUAAUGUUAAUACUCAUGCUAAUAUUAAUGCUAAUACCAAUGCCAAUAAUAAUAGUAAUAAUAAUACCAAUAAUAACAACUUAAAUAGAGUUGUAAGAGUUGGUAAUGUACUUCAAGUUGUACCAACGACAAAUGUUGAUUGGACUGCAAAUAUACAAACACCACCAACAACAGUUAUUGAACGUUCAUCAGUGCCAAUAAUUACCCAACAAAAUUAUCCACAAAUAUCACCAUCAAAUAUACAAAUUAUAAAUCCAAGUACAAUAAUAAAUACACCAAAAAUUGUACCUGUACCAUUGGCUGUACCAUCAAUUGUCAUGCCACCACCUUCAACAAUAUUAACACAAUCAAAUAUUCAAAUUCUUCCAAAAUUAACACCAACAAAACCACUACCAGCUCCACAGCCUGUAUAUAAUUAUGAGGCAAUUAUGGAAACACGUAAAAAAGAAAAAGAAGAACGUAAACGUUUGAGAGAUGAAAAAAGACGUGAUAAAAAAUUAAGAAAAAUUGAAAAAUUAAAAAGACGUGAAGAAAGAAUAUUGGGAAGAACAAGUCGUGUUGAAGCUGAAGCUGAAUUAGACUUAGAUAUAAAAUCAGUUAAAGAUAUUAUUGAUGUAAAUAUAUUAAUUGAUAAUAAAAAGAAAAAUAAUGAAGAUGAUAAUGAUGAUGAUGAUUAUGAUGAUGACGAUGAUGAAAGUAGUGGUAUUGUUACAAGUGGAGUAGAUGCUGUAAUAAAUGAUGUAGAACCAGAAGUUGAUGAGGAUAAUGAUGAAGAGGUUUAUGGUGAUGAAGAUGAAGAUGACGAUGAUGAUGAAGAUGAAGAAGAAAAUUAUGACGAUGAAUCAAAAGUAUCAACUUCAAAUACAUUAAGUCAAAUUGAUAUUGAAAAAACAAUAAUUAAUGAAAAUUGUAUUGACAUUGAACCAGAUAGUAAUUCAUUACCACCAAUAAGUAUUCGUCCACCACCAAAAAAAGGUAUUCUUGUUGCUCCAGGUGUUUGGUCAAAUCGCACAUUAAAUGGUGGUAAUAAUGAUGAUGAUAAUUAUGAUGAUGACGAUGAUAAUAAAAAUGUAGAAAAUUUUGUAGACGAUAUAUCAAUUCAGCUUAAUGAUAAUGCAAUAAUAAAUUGGGAAAUGGAAGAUGAUAAUUUAGAUAAUGAUAAAGACAAUAAUAAAUUAACAAAAAUACGUAAAAUACGUGCAAAAAAAUAUGUUAAAUUUGCUGAUGGUGUUAAUCCAGGUGAAGGAACAAGUCCAAGUGGUUGUGAAGGUGAUAUGCCAUCACCUCCACCACCAGAAUCAUUAGUAAAUGAUGAUCCACUUAAAGAAUUACAUAUUAAAAAAACAAAAAUACGUAAAAGUUCAAGGAGAAAGUUAAAACGUGUUAAACCAUUAAAAACCAAGAAAAAAGUCAAGGUAAAAGUAGUUAAAUUAAAAAAACCAAGGAUAACACCAUUGGCUGCAAUGAUAUUUGAUGAUUCUGAUGAACUUGAUGAUCGUUCACCACCACCACCACCUCCUGGUUCACCUCCACCACCACAUUUAUGGCCAAGUUAUUUAUCAGCAUAUAACUCGUCACUUCGUGUUCCAGAAGUAACAUCAACUUCCUUAUCACCAAAUCAAGUUGCACCACCACCAACUCCUCUUCCUCUUCUUGUGCCACCACCACCACUUAAUUAUCAUCAAUUACUCAAUACAAAUGUGUAAAAAAAAAAAUCAUUUUAUAUAUAUACACAGUUUGUUUUGAAUAUUUUCUUCCCUUAGCUGAUUUAUUUAGGAUAAUUUAUAGUUAUUGUCUUUUUUUAAUUUAUCUUUAUAACUUAUAUGAUUAAAUAAAAUCAUUGCAAGACUUGAAGUAGUGCAAAAUGUAUAUAAAUUUAUGUGUUAUUAUAUUUGCAUUAUAAAUUCUUCUCUAUGUUUUUAAAAAAAAAAAUUGUAAAAAGAUGUGUAUGAAGAAGCUGAAAUAGAUAAGAAGAUGAAAAAUUAAUUUGAUAAAUUGUUUAAUAAUAUUGCACAAGUGUAAAAACAAAACAAAGAUCUAAUUAUAUACAGUGUUAGUUAUUAUUUGUAUCUUUUAUCUUUGUUUUUUUUUUGUCUCCACUUAGUUUUAGUUGUGGUACUUGUUCACUGUAUGUAUUAAGUUGGUCAGUUGAUUAAAAACCUUGUUCGGGAACAGUCGGCACAUUGGCCUUCGUUGACUGUCGUUCAGUCAAGUUUUUGUUGUUGUUGUUGUUUAUCUUAACUUGUUUAUCAAGCUUUCAGCUCUCAG